AGGACUCCUAGGUCCUCCCAUCCAACGUGAGUUCCUUCGUCCCUGUCAGACGAGCCAGCAAGAGCUGACUUCAACCAUGAAGCUGCUGAGAGUCCUUGUGCUGGUUGCCCUCCCUCUUUACUGCCUUGCAGGUUCUGGAUGCUUACUCUUAGAAGAAGCGAUUAACAAAGCAAUCGAUUCUCAAGUGAGCAUAGAUGAAUACCAAAACUUCCUUCAACCUUUCACAUAUGGUCUUGAAACUAAAGAAGCCAUAGCAGAGCUGAAGCAAUGUUUUCUCCAGCAGUCGGAUGAAACUCUGAGCAAUUUUGCAUUGAUGAUGAACGAAAUAUAUAAUAGUUAUUGGUGUGCUCUGUUUUAACCUUCCACGUGACCUGGGGCUCUGAGGACUGCAGAGAAUGGUUGGACGCCGACUGCUGAUUAAUACAAACCACAACUUUCUUCUCCUUUUUGUCUUUUGAUCUAUCAACUGCAAGAUAAGUGUUGAAACCUUGAGUACAUUUUCAUUUCAAUAAAGUAUCUGCAAAUGGAA